GGCAGACAGAGCGCACUCCUUAGCACACACACUCACAUCCACAGGCUACACACAGGCAGGCGGACACAUUUUAUAUCAUCCUCCCUGGUGAAAAGGAAAUGGAGUUUAAGUAGGCGCACUAAUUUACCUUAUGGACUGAAGGCAGUGUCGCUUUGGAUUUGUGAACGCAGACACUCAGGAGAGAAAAUGUGGAGAUACACCAACUUGUUCGCCUGUCUACUGGUUUUGUGUAAGGAUGCGUCUGCAAUGAGCAAGAUCUUUGGGGAGACAGAACCCGUUCGGAUGACGUCAGAGGGCUCGGACUGUCGCUGUAAGUGCAUUAUGCGCCCUCUAAGCAAGGACGCCUGCCAGCGGCUGCGGAGCGGCAGUGUACGCGUGGAGGACUUCUACACAGUGGAGACUGUCAGCUCCGGAUCCGACUGUAAGUGCUCGUGCACAGCGCCCCCCUCCUCCCUCAACCCCUGUGAGAACGAGUGGAAGAUGGAGAAGCUGAAGAAACAGGCCCCCGAGUUACUGAAGCUCCAAUCCAUGGUGGACCUCCUGGAGGGAACACUUUACAGCAUGGAUCUAAUGAAGGUUCACUCCUACAUCAACAAGGUGGUGUCUCAAAUGAACACCCUAGAAGAGACAAUCAAGACAAACCUUACACGAGACAAUGAAUUUGUUCGAGACAGCAUGAUGACCCUCACCAACCAGUUUAAGAGAUACGAGAACUACUCCAACGUUAUGAUGAGCAUUAAGAAGGACAUCUCCAGCCUCAGCCUGCAGCUGCUGCAGAAGGACUCCUCCGAGACCAAAGCACAGGAUACUAAUGAAGAGAAAACCAAGGAGGCUGUAAAAAUUCCUAACAAAAAGACCCCUGCGGCCAAACUCUCACCCAAACAACCCAAAGAAAAGGUCGUAAAACCCAAGAAAGACGUUGUUAAACCUGGAAAGCCGGCCAAGCCUGACCCUACAGCCAAAGCCAAGGUGGUUGGCCACCAGCCCGGCGUGGUUAGGGGCAUCACAUACUACAAGGCCGCCAAGACCGACGACGAUGAGCACAGAGGAGAUCAUUCUUCAAAAACAUACACAGUCCAUCACGUCACAGAGAACCAGUCGGAGGAUGGAGGCGCUGAAUUGGUCCUGGAAACCCUGGAUGCCACUGUGGCCGAACCCACAGCCUCCACUGCUGCUCACUCUACAACCACUGCGAGUACUACCACCACCACAACUGCUGCCACCACAACUACUGGCACGACCACACCCACUACUAUCACCACACAAGGCCCUCCAGCAUCUGAAGCACCAGCCCCGACUAUCAUGCUGGUGCUGGACAACUCCAACAACAACAGCCGGCCCAAUCUCCACAGAGCAGGGAAGAUCCUAAACUGUGAAGGGACUCUGGCAUCCAUUGAUCAGCCGGAGAAGCAACACAGUUACGGGCGUAAUGAGGGAGCCUGGAUGAAGGACCCUCUGGCUAAAGACUCCAAGAUCUAUGUCACUAACUAUUACUAUGGCAACAACUUGGUUGAGUUUCGCAAUGUGGACAACUUCAAACAAGGCCGAUGGAGUAACCUCUUCAAACUGCCUUACAACUGGAUAGGCACAGGCCAUGUGGUUUAUAAUGGAGCCUUCUACUACAACAGAGCCUUCACCAAGAACAUCAUCAAGUAUGACCUGAGGAUGCGAUAUGUGGCGGCCUGGACCCUGCUGCACGAUGUGGUUUACGAGGACACCACCCCCUGGAAGUGGAGAGGUCACUCGGACAUUGACUUUGCAGUGGACGAAAGCGGACUGUGGGUGAUCUACCCCUCUGUUGACUACGAUUACAACCAACAAGAGCUGAUAGUCAUCAGUAAACUGGAUCCAGGAGACCUGUCCCUGAAAAAGGAAACAACCUGGAGGACAGGUCUCAAGCGGAACUCCUACGGAAACUGCUUCAUCAUCUGUGGUGUCUUGUACGCCGUCAAUGUGUACAACCAAAAGGAAGGAGAGGUGAACUAUGCUUAUGACACCCACACCAACACUGAGGCCAUCCCACGCCUGCCCUUCACCAAUGAGUACUCCUACACCACCCAGAUUGACUACAACCCCAAGGAGAAGGUUUUGUAUGCUUGGGACAAUGGCCAUCAGCUGACAUAUCGGGUAAACUUUGUUGACCAGUGAGCCUGACUACUCUGUGCUACAGAUCACUGCAGACUGCCAGUAUUGUACCUCCAUAGAAAGAUUCUCAGUAUUUGAAAGCCUAUAGCGACCCCAUUGGACUCAGGACAAAGGAUGAACCUACAGCAGCCUUCCAGUACCAAUGCACGCUAUUCAAACACCUGACCUCAAAGUGUACCAAACAUACAUGCCUUAAAUGUGUAUUGGGAUGUGGACAUGCAUUGUGCCAAUAGAAUGAAAAUAAUCUCACAGGUUGAGUUAAAGCUCAUCAGGCAGAUCUUUGACAAGCAUAGAUAUUUCUUUUUAUGUUCAUUUAUGAAAUGUCAGCAGGCUGGCUUACUAGCACACUUACUAACAGAGAUCUAUAAAUGCUUAGUUUAAAAUAGCACGUGUUACAGUUGAGUUUGUUUUCAAUUUCUUCCAGUGGAGUAACUACACAACACCUAUGGACAGUAGGAAUGAGCAUAUUGACCAUUAUGUGGAUAUUGGGCAUAAAAUGCUCUGAUCUUUCAGGAAGCACCCAAGUAGCAACAAGUCCUUCCAGGGAUGAUUAAUAUCCCCUGAAAUAGAAACAUAUAUGGACUUUAUAUCUCAGUAAAGUCAGUGGUAGGAAAACUUAACAUCUACAGUAGGGCUGGUGUUCAGUGGGAAACCGUCUUGGCAGGGCUGACCUCAAACAUGGAGAAAGUUAUAUACCUUAGUAUCUGUGUUUAACCCAUUUUUAUUUAUCGGUCUUUAGGGGCUAAGGGCUAUUCUCGUGACCAUAAUUGUAACCAUGGUUGUCAGAGAAACCGUCAAUAGGAUAGAAAACUAAUACUGUACCUUGCAAGCUGCACAGUUCUGUGAGCGGUCACUAUGUCACCUCGAGCAAUGCGCAUUCCAUGAAGACCCGUGGAUGAAUGCCUGAAGAUAUAUGAAUACCAUUGGACGUUCCUAGUCAGCUGCAUAUGAAAGCGUGCCUCUUCUGCCUCUCAAGUGGGCUUUAAAUAUUUCUACACAUCAAGUAUUAUUUUUCUCUAUUCCCAAAAUUUAACUCAACCAAUGAGAUUAUUUCUGCCUUUAAAGUCGUUUUCUCCUGAGAAUUGUUUGUAAAACUAUUUUUCCAUUUGCCCAUUUACUCCAUCCUAUCACCAAGCACUUUGAUCAUGAAUCACUUCUGAUUAUUAUUCCGGCCUCAUGAUGCUGUCUGUCUCUUAACCAUUGAAGUUGUUUUGAGGGUUCUUUUGAAUAUAAUAUGAACUCCAAAAACAAAAGCAUGUACACAUGUUUCUAAGCUUAAGAUUGUUUUUGUUAUUGACAUGAUGUUUUUUAACAAUAUGGUAAAACCUUUUUUCUAAUUUCCAUUCAUCGUAUUGAAUUGAUAUGGUCUUGUAUUAAAAUAAGCAGCUUA